UAUUUGUUAAACAAUGUCUUCAUUUCUUUGUUCUCUCCUUCUCAUUUUCAUUUUCACAUCUCAACUCACCACAGCAGACGUUGACCAAGGUAAGAAUUUCCAAUACUUCUGUGAUCAAAAUAACGAUGGUGGUAUCUACACAACCAACAGCACCUACCACACAAACCUUAACACCCUUUUAUCCAUUCUCACUUCCAACAAAGAAAUCAACUACGGUUUCUAUAACUCCUCUUAUGGCAUAAACAGCGACAAAGUAAACGCAAUUGGACUAUGCAGAGGAGAUUUAAAACCGAAUGAUUGUCGAAAUUGUCUCCAAAAUUCAACUGUGUUUCUAACACAACGUUGUCAAAAUAGAAAACAAGCAAUUGGUUGGUACGAUGAUGAUAGAUGCAUGUUGCGUUACUCAAGCCGUUCAAUAUUUGGUCUCUAUGACACUAGACCUUAUUAUGAAGCAUGGAGUUUGAAGACGGCGAUAAAUGAAGAUGAAUUUGAUAAAGUGCGGAAAAAUUUGUUGGAUAAUUUAAGAAAUAGAGCUGCAUCAGGGGACAGUGACCUUAAAUAUGCUGUAGGAAGUGAUGAGGUUGGUCCAAAUAAUAAUCAAACCAUAUAUGGUCUAGCUCAAUGCACACCUGAUUUGUUUAAAACAUUUUGUGAUGAUUGUUUGGUUCAAUCUAUCAAUGAAAUCGCAAUAUGUUGUAACAACAGGAUGAGUGCUAGAGUUGUUAGACCCAGUUGUUAUUUGAGAUAUGAAACCGAUUCACUCUUUUAUCAACCAACACAAGAUUCACCUUCGUCGUUGUCACCAUCACCGACGUCAGUCCCAUCACUCGCAGCUCCUCCUCCAUUUGCAAAUAACACUACCUCCUAUCCAGGAAAAAGCAACAAUUAUGGUUCUACCAUUGGCAUCGCUAUAGGAGUACCAAUUGCUCUUGUUGCUAUGGUCUUCAUUUUUAUAUGCAUCUAUUUGAAAGUAAGGAAGCCAAAGAAAAGGUUUGAAGAAGUUCAAGAAGAAGAAGACGACGACAAAAUUGAAAUUACAGAGGGACUGCAAUUCCACUUCAACACCAUACGUAUUGCUACAAAUGAUUUCUCAGAUUCUGAUAAACUUGGACAAGGAGGAUUCGGAGUUGUUUACAAAGGUAGGCUCUCUAAUGGACUAGAAAUCGCUAUCAAAAGGUUAUCAAUGAAUUCUGGACAAGGAGAUCUAGAGUUUAAGAAUGAGGUGUUUUUCCUGGCUAAACUUCAACACCGAAAUUUAGUUAGAUUACUCGGUUUCUGCCUAGAAGGGAGUGAAAGACUACUUAUAUACGAGUUUGUUCAUAAUAAAAGUCUUGAUUACUUUAUUUUUGAUCAAGCAAAGAAAGCACAAUUAAAUUGGGAAAGGCGCUACACAAUCAUUUUAGGUAUUGCUCGAGGCAUUCUUUACCUCCAUGAGGAUUCUCGAGUGCGUGUUAUUCAUCGUGAUCUCAAAGCAAGCAAUAUUCUCUUAGAUAAACGGAUGAAUCCUAAGAUAGCUGAUUUUGGCAUGGCAAGACUUUUUGGUGUGGACCAAACCCAGGAAAACACAAAUAGAAUUGUGGGAACCUAUGGGUAUAUGGCACCAGAGUAUGCGAGGCAUGGACAAUUUUCAACAAAAUCAGAUGUCUUUAGUUUUGGUAUAUUAGUUCUUGAAAUUGUAAGUGGUACAAAAAAUAGUUACAUCCGUGAUGGGGAGAAUACGGAAUAUCUCUCGAGCUUUGCAUGGAGAAAUUGGAAGGAGGGGACUGCAGCAAAUAUCAUAGAUCCAACAUUAAACAAUGACUCACUAAAUGAGAUAAUGAGAUGUAUCCAUAUUGGAUUACUUUGUGUUCAAGAGAAUGUAGCUAGCAGACCAACCAUGGCUUCUGUUGUAGUGACGCUUAAUAGCCCUUCUGUUACUCUCCCAAUUCCUUUGCAACCUGCAUUUCAUAUAGGGCCUCAAGAUAUGAAAUCGUCAGGUCAUAGUUCUGCUCAAGAAUCAGUCAAUGGGGCUUCAAAUACACAGCUAUUUCCUCGCUAGCUGAAAUUUUAAUAUUAGCUAUUGAAGAGAGUUUUAGAUGUAUUUGCAUAAUUAAUUGUUUUAACUUUUCAUUAGAAUUCUACAGUAAAAUUUAGGGAUAGUAAAGUGGAACGGCCUCUCUGUUUUGACCCGCCCCACUUAAGCUCGUCUAAAAUGGAACAUGAUAGGUCGAGUCAAUUUAGGUGGUCGAGUCCAAAAUUUCAUAUCCCGUCCAGCUCAGAGACGGACACACGAGUUGAUGGUUGGUCUGUAAAAAAUACUUUUUUAAUGUAUAUUUUUGACAAUUUUGUUAUAAAAAA